AAUCACACUCAACCAGCAUCAGCUUUGACUGGCACUGCUGUUACCAUGACAACCAGGUGAUUAGCUCACCUGGCUGCAGAGGGGAAGCUUUUCCUCCACAGAGACACACAGGAGAGACUGUCAGACAGUUUCUGCAGCUUCAACAUGAAAACUGCUGCUUUCAUCAUUGGACUCAUCUUUAUCUGCUGCAAAUUCACAGAAGAAACUACAGCUGAAGGUGAACUGGAAGGUUUGGUGGAUACUGCUGUUCAGACGGAGUGUCGGGAUCGUUACCUGUGGAUCCACGUGACCUCAGCACAGACGCCUCGCUUCGAGGCUGUAGAUGGAAACGGCGUCCACUCCAUCAGCGAGCAGCUUGCCUCGCGCUGCGGUUACACCGUCAGCACCUUCAAGAUGGACGGCUUCACCACCUUCAGAGCUUCAUACUACUCGUGCUUCACCCACAACCAGGAUGACGAGGUGUUCACCUUCAGCUUUAACGUGAUAGUGAGUGAUGCUGGUGGAACGUGGACCAGUCGGCCUGUUUCUGCAGUCUGUUCUGGUCUGAUCUGGACUCACAGAGAGAUCAUCUGUGAGGAGGACUACAUGGAGGUGAACGUGAACAGAGAGUCUUCAUGUGGAGGUCAGCGGGGGGAGAGUGGAGAGAUGUGGGAGGCUGCCUUCUCUCAGGCGCAGAGGACGGCGAGUUCUGUCUGGCAGCUGAUGCUCCUGCAGAGUGAUGGACAGGUUUCCUCCAUGUCCAUCAGUGAAGCCCAGAGGCGGGGCUACAGCCUGACCACCACCGCCCGCAGGGUGGUGCUUCGUUCUCAGUACAAACAGCCCCACGCUGAGCUGACGAUGGUGGCUGGUGUCCCCGUGGAGGUUGUCCGGGUUUCUCUGUUCUUUAAGCAGAAGCUGGUGGUGUUGAUGAUCGAUGUUUCCAUGGCCUGCACUGUCAAUUCGGGUUCUUUCGACGGCGCCCGGCUGCUCUGGGACAUCCCCCGGGUCAUGACCCCUCUGGUUGGGGAGGGAGCAGGUUUUAAAAGUCAGAACUUCAGUCUGGGGGUGGAGGGGGUUCUGCUGGACAAACCCAUCACCGCAGCAAGAGGAUUCAGUCUGGUCCAACAAGGACAUCUGGUCCAGAUCGGGGUUCCUUUUGGGGCAGAAGGCGGCUACAGGAAGAGUUUGGUGGUGAAUAACAUGUACAAGGAGACAUACGUGAUCUUCCUGCUGUACGAACAUGUCUUCGCUGUGCUGUAUGAAGACGGCAGCAGCAUCGACACAAGACACCGAAUGCUCCGAGUGCUCGACACACCGCUGCUCUGCCGUCCACCCUUCGACCUUGACCAGACUAUGAGUGACCACAGGGUUUUCAGCGUCUACCUGGGAAACAUUCCUGCUGAUGUCAUGUUGGAGGAAGUGCGGAUCAACGGGAAGCAGCUGAUGAUGUCAGACAGCGCUGAGCGGGGCUACAGCAUCAGUCCUGUUACUCACAUCAAUGGCAGCCAAGCCUACAAGCUCUGGCUGCCCUUCGAGGAUACCGUCGUCCACCGGAUGUACCUGGGUCAAGGUGUGAUGCAGUACUCCAUAGAUAUAAACUUCACUUUAACCAUCAUGCCCCAGAGAGACUCCUACUACCACCACACGUUCAUCACAGCACAAGUAUUAAACACAUUCCCUCCAGAGAUUACAGCUCAGUGUUCAGACGGAGGAAUCACCUUCAGCGUGGGCAGACCGCCUCGAGCUGAGAGUCUCUGGGAGGUGGGUGUUGACCACGAGCCUCUGACAUCACAGCUCGCAAACCAAAGAGGGUACCACCUCCACAACGACACCCAAAGGACCACCCUGGAAGUCCCUGUGUUCUCUGUCGGAUACACCUAUGAAGACAUCAACCUGUCAAACUUUUAUGGAACAUUUGAGCUUCUUCUAAGAGACUCCAAAACUCUGGAGGUCCAGACAUCAACCUCCAAACGCUGCCUCUUCAAAACAGAGGACAUGAUAGUCUGUUCUGCAGAUGGGACCAUGACGGUGGUGACGACUCCGACCUCCACCUGGCCUACAGUGCAGCCUGAAAGAACCACUCUGCUGGACCCCACCUGUGGACCCAAACAGGCCGAUGGAUCCAGAGUCCUGUUUGAGUUCAAGAUGGACUCCUGUGGGACCAGAGCCAUGGUUGGGGACUCAUACGUGGCUUAUGAAAACGAAAUCUUCCAUGACAGACAGCUGAUUGCAGACGGACCAAACGUCAUCUCCAGAGAAUCUCAGUUCAAGUUGACAGUGAGGUGCUUCUACCCACUAAGUGGAGUCAACAGACUGUCUGUGGACAGGAUCUUGAGAUCAGAGACUCCUGGAUUGGGUUCCAUCAAAGUCUUCGAGAGCCUUAAAGCAGAUUCAUCAAAUAAACUCCCCGCCAAAGACUGUUUGCAUCAGGUAUCUGGAAAUGUGGUCAACAUCCCGACUACCCAGGUCCACCAAACCACAGCGGCAGGGGGAGUCCUGCCUCACUCCAGCAUCAGGCCUCGGCCCAAACCUGGACCCAGCCACUUCAUCACAGUUCCAGGAGGACACAACAAGCUGUUCUUCACUUCCCAAAACCUCCAAAGUUUUCCAAACUUUAAUCUUUCUCCUCCUCCUGAGGGUCAAACCACCAGUACCCAGCAAGUCCCUCUGCAGGUUUCAUCUCCUCCUCUUCAUCCCAUGUCCCAGACACAGGACCAACAUGUAUUCGGAUCUCCAACUGAUGUCAAUCUUCCAAACGUCCCUCCCAGAUAUGACCAGUUACCGGACAACAGCAUCCAGCUGUCAAACCUCCACACACUGAGCUACAACUUUGUAGAAGCGAGAGGUGAAAAUUCAGAACUAACUGAUGAAAACCAAGCCUCUGGCUUGAGUUCAUCCAGCAGGAUUCCUGAUUCUCCAGUUGUGGAACAGUUUGAAAGUGACUGGCGAAACUCCGUUCAGACUCCAACACUUCAGGUUCCUAAUAGUUUAGGUGAUAAUGUUUGGCGCUCUGGCCUAACAUGGGACCAGCCCCCUCUUAACCGAAAUGGUAUCAUUAAGCCAAAUGAAGACCUGCAGAAUCUUAAAGUUGAUCUUUCUCCUGGUACGCAAGAUCUGACCCAGCAACAUGAGACCAGUCUGGAUUUGAGCCUUAACAGGCCCUCAGGUGGUGGGAUGGAAAUGGCUGAAGAGAUACCUGGAUACAAGUCUCAACGUCACAAUGAUCCUUCUCAAACCUCUCCGCUUCACCCGGUCUUUCAACCACGAGCUCAGUCCAGCCCAGACCACAUUGGCAGCAGUGAACUACUCCUGCCUGGCAAGGAUAAGAAAUAUGUCCUUGCUAAUACCAAAAGCAUCACAUCCAAAAAUACUGCAUCCAACUUGUCUGGAGACACACAGGGGUCUAUCAGCACUGAACUGACAUCUACUGCAUCCAGCCAAGUCAACCAAAACCUGGAUAGACCAGGUAAAAUUGAAAGGAGGAACACUGAGAUGGUUCAGUCCAGGGUGCAGAACAUCCGAGUCAAACCUCUGAGCAAAUUUCUUUCUUCUGGGCAUCAGCUCAACCAGAAACCUGUUAUCCAACAAGCAAACUCACAAAUCUCUAAUCCCUCCCAGUAUGCCACUGGUCUGACAGCUGUCAGCAGUGAUGGGAACCGCAGGAUGUCCCAACAGCUUCCUGAACGCAGAGGUUCAAAUAUAAGAGAGGAACAUGUGCCGGAGAGAACAGGUUUCUCAACACUGAGGCAGGAACAAGGUAUUCAUGGUGUCCAAGUCAAAUCAGAUCAAUCUGCAGUCAUCCACCUCACAGAUAUGUUCCCAGACCAGCGAGAACACCAACAAAAGCUGGUCCAUCUGUACCCAAACCAGCCAGAACACCAGCAGAAACAAGUCCAUCUCUACCCAAACCAGCCAGAACACCAGCAGAAAAUGGUCCAUCCAUCCCCAAACCAGCAAGAACAACAGCAUAAACUGGUCCAAUCAGUGGCUGAGACAGGAAACAGUGGACACCAGGAAUCUCCUCUGAGAAAUUUCCCUCAACCAACAGGCGUAUCUCACAUCAGAGUCAAACUUGUUCCCAGUCUCCCAGGAAGACUCCAAACCCACGAUGUACCCAAACUGCAGAACCUCCAGAACCCCACCACUCAGUUUGACACCAGAGGAGCGACGAGCAGGACGUCCUACCUCAGCGUCACCCCACAGAACAUCCAAAACACUCUUGUUGACAUUGGAGAAUAUCAACUGAACAAUCCCAACAGAAACAAGGACCUGAAUCCCACUGCAAGGCGAGCUGGGUUUACUGGUUCCCACACGGAUCCUAAUGGUUCUGGUGGUUCAGACCUGAAAAUCCACACCAUGUCUGACUGCGGCGGUCAGUAUGGAGCCAGUGUUCACCAAGGAAUCAUGAGAGGUAAACAGAUCAGCUGAUGAAGAACAGAAACAAACUGUUGUGAUCAAACGCUGUCUGCAGAAUCUGAUUGAAUAAAGAUUCAGUUUGUUCACA